AAUGAUAUCAACACCUAUGCUUGCAGAAUGCAGCCUACAGUACUGUUGCUGUGUGGAAGCUGCUCAUGUUUUUCUUCUUGUUGGCUUGCAGUCUGCUUCAAACAAAAGAGGAUUGUGCUGGCUGCUGGCAAUUCGAUCAUGUGAAGCUUCCACAUCUCCUGCAGUUGGUCAUUUUCUGUCAGUUGACAACAAGCUGGUUCCGAACAGCGAUCUGGAGGUCUGGGUCGGAUGCUCACCCUCCACCUCCUCGUUGUCAGAGCUGUUGACAAAACUUAGGCUUUUUAGUUCCCCUGUAAAUGCCCAUGUACUGAAACCAAGCUACACUCCUUGCUAAACAGAAUUCCUUGUCCAGUAUGUGCUAGCAAGCGCUGCUGUGAGCACUUCAGACGUGAGUCCCCCCAGUUCCUGCGUUGCAAUAGGGACGAUUUAGGGCAUUUGGUUUACGUUUUGGUGUCUCCUGCCUGUUCUUCUGCGUUUUUUGGCUCUCAGAGAGCAUAGCUGUGUUCCAUGCUGGCAAUGACACUUGUGGUAACAUUGCUAACUCUCCCACUGGAGGCUGGCCAGCGCUGGGCAGAGCCUCAGCACGGCAUUUGAGGCCAGUCGGUACGGAGCAGCAGGCAGCGCUCAUCUCCGGUUUCCCCUCGUCUUUGCUGCCUGCUCAAACUGACAAAGCAGCUUUGUCUCCCGCCGUCUUGACCAUUUCUGCUGUUUUUACUGUGUGAGAAAUCUUUGCCAUAUGUACAGUUGCUUUGUUGUGGUUUAUAACGGUGGAAAGGGACCGGGCAGGGUGGUGUAGGUUAUAUUGUGUUCGUACAGACAAUGUGUGAACGUUGUGGCUUUUUAAAGGCAAGGGGUUUGUUGCUUAAUCCCGCUACGAGCACACUUGAAAUUGAAAGCAUAACCGUGCUAUAUUUACUCGUGCUCUGCCAUGGCAGCCUAGUGCUGUAACACACACCAAAGAGAGGAGCUUGGAGCAACUUUUCUUAUUUGCAUGUGGAGCCGUCUCAAACUUUUAACCCUGGCUCGGGGCGGGUUUGUAGUUAAAUCUCUGAGUGUGUGUGUGUGUGUGUGUCUGUGAGCUUUGUACAAACGUGCCUUGUGAUGUGGUUUAGAUUUAUGGCAGUGGCGAGUGUGUUCGCUGCCCCAGUCAGCUGUGAGAGCUCUCCCGCUGGGGCCGCUCCUCUCUGAUGGAAAAGGAGCAGCUGGGAAGGUGCCGUUUCAGGCUCUUGCUGGCAUUAAAAAAAACCCACACAAACCCAAACCGAAAAAACAAACCCCUCGGUAGCUCACAUUGGAGAGGGGGAACGAGCCCACGUGACUGCCAUCAUCCUACCCUAUGUCACUGUUUGCAGGAGCGCUGAUUGCUCUUACCCAAUCAUGCCUGGAAUGCUGCUUGCCACUUGGGCUAUUUCUGCUAUCUGUCGCUAUCAGGGCUGCAGCACUAACAGUUUGGCAGAUGGGACACUUUUUCUUGGAGUUUAUGUCUUUGGUUUUUAACUUCUGGCAGUGCCUGAAUUGUUGCUGUUCUCCCUCUCCUUUUCUCCUCUCUGUAAAACCAUGGCCCAUCGGCUGCGGUUUCAUUUUGGCUCUGGGCGAAGCAACACAGCCCCCGAAUCAGAGAUUCUCGACCGGGAGAGAGAAGAUGACUUUUUCAUGGCAUUCCACACUUUGCCAAGAAGAAGCAGCCCUCACGCUUUGUCCCGGCACGGAGUGGAUUACGGCAGCGGCGAUUUGCAAGAGGUGGGCUCCUUGAAAAGGAGCACAUCCAUGUUUAUUCCCCAGCUGCUGAGCAGGAUCGAUGCGCGUCCCACCAGGAGCUCCUCCAUGCAGAUCUCCCUCCAGUGCAAGUCUGCAAAUGGUUGCACGGACGGGUGCACAACACUGGAAUCUCCCGAGGAGACUCUUCCCUGCAAAGUCUCAGACUCCAGGGAGCAUUUUGCGUCCCCCGUUGAGGACUAUUCAUCUCCGAGCAGUCCGGACAUGACCCCUGAAGAUUCUCCAUCCAGGCCGACUGAAGAGUUAGGGCAACAGAUUAAUGGAACUGUUUGCUGCAACCACAGAGUGUUUUGUACUAUUCCGUCUGGUAACCAGAGCGAAGGUGCUUCAGCAACGACUCAAGAGGACGAGGCGAGUGAAGCAGCUUCAGGUUUAAACAUAAGUGGCGUGAGGAUCCAGCAUCGCGCCUCAAGCACAGACGCGCCUCAGGUGACUCUGCUGCCCUUUGGUAGUGAGGCUCAGAAUAAUGCUCCCAGCCCUGAGCCCCGGCGCUGGUCUUUGCAACAUGUUCCUGAUAUGUCGGCAAAUUCAGGGAAGAAGUUCUUUGUUCUGCAGUUACAGCAGCCGCAGACAAGCGGCACGAGUGCCGGCGGCGAGUACAACUUCGGCUUCACCGGAACAAAAGGGGACAGGUUGGUCAGGUAUCCUCGGAUACGCCUAGAGAGGAGUACCUCCUACCCUGUACAGCCACCCUCAGGAGAAGUCAGCCCCGCAGACAACGGAUCGAGUUCAGAACUGCACGGAAAUGGCAGGAGCAGGUCAGAAAUAUCUGGAAGCAACUCCGUGGAGCGGAUUCCUCAAGGGCAGGGAUGCUUGUUUAAAAUCAGACCAGAUCAAAACACGAGGCAGCAGCACUUCAGGAUUCUUGUCACCCGUGGUUCUGAAGAACAAAAUCAGGUUGUUGGUAACGAGGGUCGUGGUACCCCCGGUCCUACGACAGCCAGCACCGCAACUAGAGACGACUUCCUGGGCCAAGUGGAUGUGCCCCUUAAUCAUCUUCCGACUGAAGACCCAACCAUGGAAAGGCCGUACACAUUUAAGGAUUUCCUUCUCAGACCAAGAAGCCACAAAUCCCGUGUAAAGGGCUUCUUGAGACUGAAGAUGGCUUAUAUGCCAAAAAAUGGUGGCCAAGAGGAAGAAAACAGUGAUCAAAGGGAUGAAUCUGAGCAUGGGUGGGAUGUGGUCGAUCCCAAUGACUCCGCAUCUCAGCGUCAGGAGGAGUUGCCACCUCCUCCGUUGCCUCCUGGGUGGGAAGAGAAGGUGGACAACCUGGGGCGGACUUACUACGUCAACCAUAACAACAGGACUACUCAGUGGCAUCGACCAAGUUUGAUUGAUGUGGGAUCUGAUUCAGACAACAAUAUCAGACAAAUAAACCAAGAAGCAGCCCAUAGGCGGUUCCGGUCUCGGAGACACAUCAGUGAGGAUUUGGAACCAGAACCUACGGAGAGUGGGGAUAUUCCUGAGCCCUGGGAAACCAUUUCAGAGGAGGCAAGUGCAAGUGGGGAUUCCUUAAGCUUAUCGUUGCCGCCUCCUCCUGCAUCUCCAAUAUCCCGCACAAGUCCUCAGGAGCUAUCUGAGGAGCUGAGCAGAAGACUUCAGGUCACUCCUGAUUCUAAUGGGGAUCAGCUCAGCUCUUUGAUUCAAAGAGACCCUUCUUCAAGAUUAAGAUCUUGCAGUGUAACAGACGCAGUUGCUGAACAGUCUCAAUUAUCCUUGCAGAGUGGUCCGUCUAGGAGAGCUCGUUCUUCAACUGUCACAGGUGGUGAGGAACCAACGCCUUCAGUGGCCUAUGUACAUACCACACCAGGCUUACCUUCAGGCUGGGAAGAAAGGAAGGAUGCCAAGGGCCGCACGUACUACGUCAAUCACAACAAUCGGACCACGACAUGGACACGGCCCAUCAUGCAGCUUGCAGAGGAUGGCAUGGUUGGGUCAGCAGCAAACAGCAGCAACCACUUAAGUGAGCCCCAGAUCCGACGGCCUCGCAGCCUCAGCUCGCCCACAGUAACUCUGUCUGCUCCUUUAGAGGGUAUGAAGGACUCCCCCGUGCGCAGAGCAGUGAAGGACACGCUUUCCAACCCGCAGUCUCCACAGCCCUCACCUUACAACUCUCCUAAACCACAACACAAAGUGGCACAAAGCUUCCUUCCCCCUGGCUGGGAGAUGCGGAUAGCACCCAACGGCAGGCCAUUCUUCAUUGAUCAUAACACUAAAACUACGACGUGGGAGGAUCCAAGACUGAAAUUUCCAGUGCAUUUGAGAUCAAAAACGUCUUUGAACCCUAAUGAUUUGGGCCCUCUUCCUCCUGGUUGGGAGGAAAGAAUACAUCUGGAUGGAAGAACGUUUUAUAUAGACCAUAAUAACAAAAUCACGCAGUGGGAAGACCCCAGACUGCAGAACCCAGCAAUUACUGGCCCGGCAGUUCCAUAUUCCCGGGAGUUCAAACAGAAGUACGACUACUUCCGGAAGAAGUUAAAGAAACCAGCUGAUAUACCAAACAGAUUUGAGAUGAAACUACACAGAAAUAACAUUUUUGAGGAGUCCUACAGAAGAAUCAUGUCUGUGAAGAGACCUGAUGUACUAAAAGCCAGGCUCUGGAUUGAAUUUGAGUCAGAAAAAGGACUCGACUAUGGUGGUGUGGCCAGAGAAUGGUUUUUUCUCUUGUCCAAGGAGAUGUUUAACCCUUAUUAUGGUCUCUUUGAAUAUUCAGCAACGGACAACUAUACACUUCAGAUUAAUCCUAAUUCAGGUCUUUGUAACGAGGACCAUCUGUCGUACUUCACGUUCAUCGGCCGCGUGGCUGGUCUGGCCGUGUACCACGGGAAGCUGUUGGAUGGCUUCUUCAUCAGACCUUUUUACAAGAUGAUGCUGGGGAAACCAAUCACUCUGAAAGACAUGGAGUCAGUGGACAGUGAAUACUACAACUCUUUGAAAUGGAUCCUGGAAAACGACCCCACAGAGCUGGAUCUCAUGUUCUGCAUCGAUGAGGAAAACUUCGGACAGACAUAUCAAGUCGACUUGAAGCCAAAUGGGUCAGAAAUUAUGGUGACAAACGAAAACAAAAGGGAAUACAUUGACCUGGUGAUCCAGUGGAGGUUCGUGAACAGAGUUCAAAAACAAAUGAAUGCUUUCUUGGAGGGGUUCACAGAGCUGCUUCCCAUUGAUCUGAUCAAAAUCUUUGAUGAAAAUGAACUAGAGCUGCUGAUGUGUGGCCUUGGGGAUGUUGAUGUCAACGACUGGAGACAGCACACGAUCUACAAGAACGGCUACUGCCCGAAUCACCCCGUCAUCCAGUGGUUCUGGAAGGCUGUGCUGCUGAUGGAUGCUGAGAAGCGGAUCCGGCUGCUGCAGUUCGUCACCGGGACAUCACGUGUGCCUAUGAAUGGAUUUGCUGAACUCUACGGUUCAAAUGGUCCUCAGCUGUUUACAAUAGAGCAAUGGGGAAGCCCUGAUAAACUGCCCCGAGCUCACACCUGCUUUAACCGCCUGGACUUACCUCUGUACGAAUCCUUCGAGGACUUGCGGGAGAAGCUCCUGAUGGCAGUCGAGAACGCUCAAGGAUUCGAAGGGGUGGAUUAAGAUGCCGCCUUGCCCCCUGGGAGCAGGUUCUGCUUGCACUUUGUCAGGUGCCCGGCGGACUGGAGUGACUGUCAGACGGCGCUGGCGCGGAGCAGCCCCGGCACGGCACGGCACAGCCUGGCACGGCACGGCAGGGCAGUGCCCCGAGCCUGAGCCGCAGCUCACGCCGGCUGCUUGGCACAGGCUCUGACCACAUUUCAGCAGGACGUACUCUAUUUAUGUUUGCCUCUGUAGGCAGAGCCCUGAAUAAAUAUUUUACAUAAUUUCUAGUGACAAUGAAUGGAAUUAAUCAUUUUGCAGGUAUGGUACCACCCUCAUGUUUACUGAAUUAACUGAUUUAGGCGUUCUCAGAUUUUAGUUCAUGACAAUUAGAUAUCAUAUACUUGGGAAAAUGAGCUUUUUUCCCCCCCAUCCUUGAUUUCACACCAGACUUGACGCCAGUGUCGUUGUUUUCCAAGCACAUUUUGAGCCUUCCGCUCCCGAAUCCAUCCAGGAAGCCGGAGGCGGCGGUGCCGGAGGCCUCUGCACGGGCUGCGCCUGAGAGCAGCUCUUCCCUUCCUGGAGCGCAUCAGUGCUUCUGUGCACCCAGAGCUGUGGACUGGACCUUGCCGCUUUGUUCUUUUGUAUAAAUAUUAGCAUAGUUGAAGUGAAGGGCGAAUCGUACCGCAGCAUGCCCAAACGCCUCCCGUGGGCACCGGAGCCGCCUCGCCGCGUGCUGCUCGCGCCUCGGGCUGCGGCUGGCGUGUGAGGACAGCAGGCUCCGCGCCGUGCUUCGCUUUGUGCCGUGACCGUGUGUGCCCAUCGCCGUGCUGAGCAGAGCCCGUCCCCGUGCCCGGGCGCUUCGGCGCCGCGGAUCCGCUUUGUCUCCCGGCGGGGUCCGUCUGCUCCUAGCUGCACCCGCUCUGAAGGCACUUUAUCCUGUCAUAUCUGGGUUUGAAUCAUGAACGUCAGUGUGGUUGUUUCCCUUCUCACGGCACACGUCUCUCUGGUGCAAUACCUUGGCGGUUGUGAAUCUGGCUGCUGCUGCUGUGUGAGCAGAGGCGCAGAGCUGAGCCUGCAGACGUGUUCCUCCGCAAUCGUUUCUGUGACUGAUCUCUUUUUUACUUAAUCACGAGGAUUUAUUUGGUAUACACUGCUAUCUAAUCGAUUUUGUUACCUAUGACAUGUUGCAUGCUUGAACUAUAAUGUCUGAGUUGCAUCUCUCUUGUGACAGAUUCAAAGUGAACGAUGGGUGUUCGAUCCACUGGCGUGACGAGGUUCCAGCAGCGCUGCCAGAGCAGGGCUGAGGGUUCAGCUCAGCAGCUUCAGGUCUGAAGUUUGGCCCCAGGCUCACCCAGAGGCAGGCUUUUUCCUCCCAGGGAGCCACUGAAUGCCUGUGAAGGAAGAUGUGGCUGCGUGCCUCGGGCUGAGCAGCUGAGGCAGCCCGGGGAAGGCUGUGGUGGUGUUUAUUUGAACACAGGUUAGGAGCCAUCUCCUGCUCACUGCAUUUCCUGGCAUUCCUUUCUGGCCUUUUGUGUUUGCUGAGGCUGAACAGGAGAAGGAGACGGGAUCUGAGCAGAGCCAGGAACACUGUCCCCAUCCUUUAGCCGUGGGAAGGAGUGUGGGGAAGGUAGAGAGAAAGAGAGAAACCCAAGUCUUUGACAGACCUUCUGUCUGCCAAGCACAGUUUGCUCUUACCCUGGAGGAUUUUUGGUGUGGCUGGAGGCUCAGUUCCCGCAUCAGAAUGUUGAGACCUCCCAAGAUUUCUUUGGUGGUGUGGUCUCAUGGCGAGGUGAAGGCUGUGAACGACCAGCAGCAGCUGAGGCAGAAGUCAGGUUGUGUUUAAAGAAUCUGUCCUUCCUCUUGGCGUGUUCUUGCUUUGGUCUCUCCCUUCCCUCUCCUCCCACACGACUCCCAAGGCAGGUUUACCAAGGCUCAGCAGCACCACAGCCCUCGGCCCUCGAGCUGACUUGAAGGGAAUUUGAUCGCUGUUUGGAUUCUCUUUUCAAAAGACAUCUAAAUUUUUCAGAAUGACUUUAACAGCUCAUCAGCUCUACUGACCUCUGAACUGACAGACACUCCUACAGCAGCCCCAGGGUGAGAAACCUUUGGGCAUGUUCCAUGGCAUCAGUCUCAUUGGUGCAUGAGCGUGCAUGUGAGAGGGGAUUUGGUUCUUAGGACGAGCAAAGGGACCCGGCCUGACGAGGUCAUGCUGAAGCUGGUGCUCUUCCUGCUUUCUUGCCAUUGAUGCCAAUAGCCAAAUCCGUGCUGUUUGUGUCCCACGUGCCCCAGACACUGCAGCCACAGCUCUGCCCUCGCUGUACAGCUGAUGUGGUGCCGCACAGAGCUGUCUGUGAUGGCUUUUCCUUCUCUGGCUGCCCCUCACAGCCCCGAGGAAGCCACCCGUGAGCCAGCCCGUUCCUCUGGUGGCAGAGUCGGUGUGAUGCUGAGGCACAGCACGGCCUCCUGCCUUUACAACAGCCCCUUUGCUCUGGAAGGGACACAGUCCUUUUGUGUUGGGGUCCCUACAAGCCCCAUGCAGCUCCACAGCGAGCGAGGGGACUUGCAGGCUAAGCUGAGGGGAAUUGCUCAGCCCAGUCUCAGUUCUGCAUGAAGCCUUUGUCAGUGGUAGCAGAAGGCUCCCUGUGAGCUCAAGCUGGCAGGUUGUUGCUGACAGGCUGCAUCCAGGACAAGGGGUGUUGUGAUGGAGCUGGAACACAAACAGUUCCACUUAAACAUAAGAAAAAACUGUUUCACAGCCGCAGAGGGAACGGAUUGUUUUCUGCAGGUUCUCUCCACACAACACCCCAGAGCCUGAGCUGGGUGCCAGGCUUCCCUCCUAGGAAUCCUCCUGGAGCUCCUGCCUCAAAGGAAGAUGGAAUCUUCCUAGGGGAAAAAAGAAAGGUAGCAAAGAGACACUUAAACCGUCUGAAGCACGCUGCAGCUCACACUCCAGUGACACUCAUGCCAUGGUAUUGUGCCUUUAACACUGCACUCUGGCAUGCUGAUAGGACACCACAGAAUGACCCAACUGUAUUUUUAAAGGCACUAUUCAUCUACUUUGUUUUAGUUUAUAAAAGGGGAUAAUAGAGAUGGUGCCUAAAUCAUUACUUGGUCGCUCUUAAGAAGCCUUAAGGCAAAUAAUAGAAGCUCCGGUCACAACAGAGCCCGCAGGGUCUGCAGCAGUCGCCUCCUGCUCACACACAGGCCGACAGGUCUGUGCUGUGUAAGGCUCCAGCACCUUUCCCCCUGCACAGCUGCUGGAAACCGCUUCCUUAUUUCAUCUUUCAGUCCAAAAGUAGCAACAACAACAAAAAACACCCACGACCCAAAACCCCUCUUUCUUCUGCAGGGCUGAUCUUAUUUCUUCCUCUCUCAUUUGACCUGUGCUCUGUGAGCUCUGAGCAAAGGAGCACGAGUGCCAGGUUAGCAGGACUCAUGGUGAUAUGUUAGCAGAGGAGGCUGCUGUACCAACCUGGCAGCAGGGCUGGUCCUGCAGCAGCCUCUGCCCAGCCCUUCAUCAUCACAACCAGAGCACUCAGCAGCCACAGGUUCCUGGUGCUCUGGGUGAACGUGAUGCUCAAGGGCCAGGAACAGUGGAGCCAGGGAGAGGAAGUUGGAUAGUCAGACUGCACUUCUGAGAGUUAAACAUCAGUGCUCACCCUGCUUUGGCUGCCAGGGCUGAUCAUCCCCACUGUGGCAGACAGGCAGCAGGUCGCCAGGCGGGACACGCUGCAGUGUACAUCCCUUCGCUUACCUGUCAGUAGGGAGGUUUUCCUUUUAUAGGAACUGCCUGACGGCUGCAGGAAGCGUUGUUGCUGUGUUCUCUGGGUGUGAGCAUGUACUUGCAGUCCACUGCAAAGCUGAGACUCUCUGUGUUUCCAAAGGUGCGGAGCAUUCAGACAUUCCAGGUUAAACACAGCGUUUGGUGUUUGUGAAAUCGCCUCGUACCAGAAAGUUGUUCAAAGUUAUGCCAAACUACCUUAGAACUAAUUUCACAUGUACUGCUUACAAAUAAUGCUCAUUUUCACACUUAAAAUGCAGCUUUAAACCCUGGUUGGGUUUGAUACACUGUGGGGAAAGGAUUUGUUUAUGGACAAGUCAUUUGUUGUUUAUUUUAUGCGGAGCAGUGAAGGAAACGGCUGUUUGUUGACCUGAACAAAGCUCAAUGUGACAAAAUGAAAGCCUUGUAAUUAAGUGAUGCAACUUAAAUAUUUAAUAAAGAAUUAUGGAAGCUACAGCAUUUUAUACUGCAAA